UGAAGUGAUCCAACAUGGCGGCGGUGAAGUCAGAUGGAGUUUUGGCUCCUCUGCCUGGACGAUGUGCCUUUUACGUGUCUAAAAAGAAACGUUACUGCAAAAUGGUGGUUGGGAAUGGAAAGAAGUUUUGUGGUGAACACGCAUAUGCAGACACAGAAAAUGGAAGAAAACGGAUCCCUUGUCCUCUAGACCCAAAGCACACUGUGUUUGAAGAUAGUUUGGCAAACCACUUGAAAAAGUGUAAUUCAAAGGAGAAGCCCAAACCUGUCUACUAUGUGAAAGACAUAAAUGCCGGUUCUGUAAGUGAAGAGGAUAACACCAUAGAUGAGGUCACUAUUGCUGAGCGAUCGAAAGAGGAAUUGUAUAGCCUUAUUCAGAAAUUGAAGAUUGCAGUAAAAGGAUUAAAUACUGAACCUGACACUAGCCUUCUCUCUCAUCCGGCUUUAAAUGAGGCUCUUAAUGAUCCCAAGAAUGGGAACUUUGCUUUUAAACACCUCAAGCAGCAGGACUCAAUCCUGGGAAAUAUGGAGGCUCUGGGUCUGCUCGGGCCGGAGAGGUGUUAUGUGGAGUUUGGUGCCGGGAAAGGUAAACUCUCCCACUGGAUUCAUUUCGCCCUUCAGGACACAAAGAAUGUCCAUUUCCUGUUAGUGGAGAGGUCCAGUACUCGCUUUAAGGUAGAUGGCAAACACAAAAACACAGACUCAACAUUCGACAGGCUGCAGGUCGAUAUUCAGCACCUUGACUUAAACAGAGUGCCAUUUUUACAAGAAAAUCAGCUUCCUGUAACUGCAGUGGGCAAACAUCUGUGCGGUGCAGCAACAGAUUUGGCUCUGAGAUGUUUAUUCGGACACAGUGCACCAAACAAAGAUUCCGAGCCUCCUGCUAAACGUGUAAAACUGCAAGAAGAAGUGGGAGCUGAGGAGGUGAUGCUUGGUUCUGACAGCAGAAAGAAGGUUGUGGUGUCGGGGCUUGCUGUCGCACUUUGUUGCCAUCAUCGCUGUGACUGGAAGCAUUAUGUGGGAAAGGACUUUUUCCAAGAGCGAGGUCUCGGAGCUGCUGAUUUUUCAGCUUUCCAGCGCAUGUCCAGCUGGGCUACCUGUGGCAUGAGCAGAGUCAAAUCCUCUUUAAAUCCUGAGAAAUCCUUACAAGAGAACACCAAAGAUGAGGAUGGAGGAGAGAGUGACCAUGAAGGAGGUUCUGAAAAAAUUCCUGAUCAUCUUAGCAGUGUUAUUUCAGCAGAGGAGCGUGAACACGUUGGGCGUCUGUGCAAGAGGCUGAUCGACCAUGGCAGGCUGCAUUACCUCCAGCAGCAAGGCUUCAACCCUAGUCUCAGAUACUAUGCCAGCCGAGAUGUGUCUUUAGAGAACGUGCUUCUAACUGCGGUUCCCAGAUAAACACACAAGCUCUUCAGAUGAACACACAUCACGGGAAAUCUUAAUGAACUUAUUUUUAGUUUCCUCUUUUUUUAAGGUCACUUGAGUUUUUGGACAUGGGCAGCAGCAAAGACCAAAACAGCACUCACUAGUUGUAGACUAGAGAGGCGUAGCACAUCUUUACAGGAUGUGCAAGACAGAUGGGACAGGAUAGGACAGGACAGGCAGAAAGUACCAGAAGCAACCAGCAUGCAGGAUUGUGUCACGCAUCUUCUUCUAUCAUAUCCUCCAGUGUCACGUUUAGCACUGAUGUAUAAGUCUGGGAUUCUGAAACACAUUUUUUGAUGGACAGCAAGUCAUUUACACUUUUAUAUAUUAUUUUAUUGGAAAAAAAACAUAAA